AUGGCUCCUCGUUUGCUCUUUCCUUUAAUGCUUUCCUUUUUUAAAAUCUUCGUUCUUGCUCAAUCUGUGAAUCAUCAUCAUCAACAACAAUUGCUCUUGCAAUUUAAAGCAGCCAUUACUAACAAUAACAACGCUUCUCUGCCGGACUGGACUCCCCUUCACCCUCUGUGCAAUUGGACCGGCGUUACUUGCCAUCCCUCUUCUCACUCUCUCCUUGCCCUCGAUUUAUCCCAAAUGAAUUUUGACGGCACCAUUUCUCCUGUACUCGGGAAUCUUUCCUCUCUUCAAUCCAUUGAUCUCUCCCAGACUGCCCUCACGGGUACCAUUCCACCUGAACUCAGUCACCUAUCUCGUCUGCAAAAACUCCGGCUGUUUCGUAAUAAAUUACAAGGAACAAUUCCCCCCUCUCUUUCCGGUUGCCGCAGUUUGUAUAACCUGGCACUCUCUUACAACCAACUGCAUGGCAGCAUUCCAUCCGAGCUGAGUCUCCUCGCAAGAUUGAGGUUCCUUUAUUUAGGAGCAAACAAUCUCACCGGUACCCUUCCCAGCUCUCUAGGAAAUCUGUCUGUCUUAGUUGAAUUACAUUUGGCAGAAAAUGAUCUCACAGGUACCAUUCCCAGCUCUUUAGGAAAUCUGUCUGCCUUAGUUGAAUUAGAUUUGACAGAAAAUGAUCUCACAGGUACCAUUCCGCCCGCUCUGUCUGCUUGUCGCAGUCUGUAUGAUCUGAGACUCUCCUCUAACCAAUUACAUGGCAGGAUUCCGCCCGAGCUUGGACUCCUCACAAGAUUGAAGAUCCUUAAUUUGGGAGGAAAUGAUCUCACAGGUACCAUUCCCCCUGAAUUGGGCAUGCUCAGUCACUUGCAGAUUCUUUAUCUUUAUAUAAAUAACUUAUCAGGCACCAUUCCUAGUUCCAUAGGAAAUCUGUCUGCCUUGACUAAUUUAGAAUUGACGGACAACAAUCUUCAUGGCACCAUUCCCAUCUUUUUAGGAAGUCUCUCAAAAUUGUCUGAACUGAUACUCUCCUUUAACUCACUGCAUGGUAGCAUUCCGCCUGAGCUGAGUCUCCUCACAAGUCUGAAGUUCCUUUAUUUGGCUGCAAACAAUCUCACCGGUACCAUUCCUAGUUCUUUAGGAAAUCUGUCCGCUUUAGUUGAAUUGGAUUUGUCUGGGAAUAAUCUGACAGGUACCAUUCCAGGCUCAUUUGGAAAUUAUUCCAGUCUCACAAUGCUUUAUUUGCAUACUAACCAGCUCGGUGGAACGGUUCCAAUGGAGCUGGGUAAAUUGAACCUUCUUACCGAGCUUUACUUACACACCAAUCAACUUGUUACUGACAGCAGUAAAACAUUGGCCUUUCUCACUGCUCUCACAAACUGCUCCGACUUGGAAGAACUAGUAGUCUCAUAUAAUUAUUUCACUGGAAGCAUUCCAAGUGAGAUAGGUCAAUUACAUAAUCUCGGGCUCUUACAGCUUAGUCACAACCAAUUAUCUGGAAAAAUACCUGAUUCUCUUUGUAACUCCCAACAGCUAAGACGCCUUCAUCUUGAUCACAACAAAUUAUCAGGAGAGAUCCCAGUUAGUUUAAAAGGAUGUCAGAGGUUGGAGCUCCUUGACUUGUCUUACAACAAACUAGGGGGAAGGAUACCUCGUGAAGUAAUUGCCAGCCUUAAAAGCCUGCAAUUCUACCUCAAUCUUUCAUGGAAUUCCUUGGAAGGGUCCCUGCCACAAGAGAUUAGUAAAAUUUCAAUGGCUCAAGCCAUAGACGUCUCUGAAAAUCGACUUAGUGGGUGGAUUCCAAUUUCUCUAGGAGACUGCACAGCAUUAGAGCAUCUAAAGCUGUCUCAAAAUACCUUUGAAGGUCCAAUACCAGAUUCACUUUCCAAAUUACAAAAUCUCCAAGAAAUAGAUCUUUCUGUCAAUUUUUUAUCAGGUCAAAUACCGAUAUCCCUUGCAAGACUAAAAGUACUUCGCUACAUGAAUGUUUCUUUCAAUAAUUUGUCAGGGCAGAUUCUAGCAAUAGGAUUGUUUCCAAAUAGAACUGUUAUAACAUUGUUUAUGGGAAACCUUGGCCUAUGUGGCCCAGCAAAUUAUUCAUUGCCUCCAUGCCAAAAUCAGACCCAUGAAAAACAUUCCUUGCUUAAAAUUAUUGUCUUAUCGGUUGUUGGAACCAUUGCAUUUAUUGUAUGCUCCUCCAUUAUGGGAAUGCUAUGGAGACAGAAACUUUCAAGGAAAUUAUUCCGUCCUUCAAACAUUAUAUUUCAAAGGCUCGGCUAUCCAAAAUUUUCUUAUCAAGAUCUUUUCAUUGCAACAUCUGGAUUUGAUGAGUCAAACUUGCUCGGAGUGGGGAACUUUGGAUCAGUCUACAAAGGCAUUUUGAGGGAUGGUACGAUGGCUGCCAUCAAGACUCUGAAUUUGCACAAUGAAGAAUCUGAUAAGAGCUUUAACACAGAAUGCAAAGUGUUAGGGAGGAUUCGGCACCGUAACCUCAUCAGAAUCAUGAGUGCAUUUUACUUCCCUGAUUUCAAAGGUUUGGUUCUUCAAUUUGCAUCUAAUGGUACCUUGGAAAAGCAUUUAUACCCUGAAACAGACGAUCAAGACGUUUGUCAAUUGGGAUUGGUUGAGUGUUUGAAAAUUGCUAUAGAUGUAGCCCAUGGCAUGGAAUAUUUACAUCAUGAUUGUCCUUUGCAACUUGUGCACUGCGACUUAAAACCUAGCAAUGUGCUCUUGGAUGCCAACAUGACAGCCCUUGUGACUGAUUUCGGUAUAGCCCGUUUAAUUACUGCAAACUCCAUAGAUUCACUGAGCACAACAACAUUUGCACUCAGAGGAUCUAUUGGCUAUAUUGCUCCAGAGUAUGGACUUGGCGGAAAUGUUUCUACAAAAGGAGAUGUAUAUAGCUAUGGAAUUCUGAUAUUAGAGAUGGUUACAAGGAAGAGGCCAAGCGAUGAUAUGUUUGUGGGAGAUAUGAACUUGCAAAAGUGGGUGAGGUCAGCUUUUCCAAACAGACUGGCCGAUAUUGUUGAUGGUGGGCUACUCAGAGAUGUGAAUGAAAAUAUGGAAGAAAAUAGAUUUAUUCUUUCUUUCAUUAAUAUUGGUUUGCUUUGUAGCAGUGAAUCACAAAGAGAACGACCUUCCAUGAGAGAUGUAGUCAAGACCUUGGAGAGCCUCAAAACAUCUUUCAUGGGAGGUGCAGCUGCUUCCAAUUUAGCAUAUACCAUAUCGGACCUCCUACGCAAUACCAAUCCCACAGAACAAUUGGCCUCUGACGGUCAAAGUUCAACUUUUUAG